AUGAUGGCCUACGGUUCCAUCGUCACCGCCCUGUACCACCGCGACAAGACGGGCGAUGGCCAACUGAUCGACACGUCGCUGUUGGACGGUCAGGUCGCCGCCAUGAGUUACCACGCCACCGGCUACAUCGGCACCGGCGUCGAGCCCCACCGCUUGGGCUCCGGGCACCCGAGUCUGGUCCCCUACCAGAGCUUCCAGGCAUCAGACGGGUUUUUCAUCCUCGGCGUGGCCAACCCCAACCUCUGGGAACGCUUCUGUAGCGCCAUCGGCCACCCCGAACUAAAAGACGAUCCCAAAUACGCCACCAAUCCGGAUCGGGUGACGCAUCGGACGGAGCUGGUUAACCAGCUCAACAGCAUCUUCGCCGAUCACACAUCUGCCCACUGGGUCAAGGUAAUCGACGAGGCCGGCGUACCGGUUGGGCCAAUCAACAAAACCUCCGACGUGGUGGCCGACGACCAGGUCAAAGCCCGCAACAUGUUCCUGGAAAUCAACCACCCGCGGGUUCCCGAUCUUCGGGUUCCCAAUUCGCCGCUAAAACUGACUGGCACUCCGGCCGUGCUGCGCCGUCCGCCGCCCCUGUUGGGACAGCACAACGAAGAGGUACUGACCGAGUUGGGUUACGACUCGCAGGCCUUCAAAGACCUGACCGAGGCCGGCGCGGUCGGAAUCUCGGUUACCGAGUAG